GGAUACCCCUCAGUCCUUGGCUCUUAGCUAAAGAGGUUCAGCCUAUUGACUCAUGCUCCUGUAUCUAGUGGCAAAAAAUACUUUGUGAAGGCCCUCGCUAGACUGACAACUCAAGGCUUCAUGCCUUUGCUAAGCUGUCGGAGAUCUAUGACAGGUCUAGACUUCCCAAAGAAAAAAAAUUGAAACUAAAAACUAUCGCACGUCUAGACCUCCCAAUAAAAAAAAGAAAAAGAAGAAAAAGAAAAAAGCUCAGAACCGCUUUUAUUUCCGUAUUUCUCUUCCUCGACUUUAUACAAACAAAAUUCAAAAUAAUAAAAAUGGCAGUUCACACAGUAGCGUAGAACAGCAUCUGUUUUAGUGUUUUUCUCCCUAAACUGUAUACAAACAAAAUUCAAAUUAAAACUGGCAGAUCGCACUCAAUAGCUAAGAAGCGCCUUUGCUUUUGUGUUUCCCUCUCGAAACUUUAUAGAUUGGGAACCUGAAAGGAGAAAAUAACAAUGGGGAAGAGGAGAAGGAAAAAUGCAGGGGAAGUCAUGGACAGCGCAGAAAUCCUGCCUGAUGAUGUGUUGCUUGCAAUUUUCUCGCACAUUUCAACGCGAGAUUUGCUUUCUCGCUUGGCUCUCGUCUGCAAGCGCUGGCUUCGCCUCGUUAAAUCUCAGUCGGUUAAGGAGCUGCUACCUUCUGUUCUUUGCUGCUACAACUGCCCUUGGGCAUCUUUGAGGGAGGAGGACUUCUUGAAGCUAUGGUCUUGCUAUAGUAACUGUUUGGAGAAAGUGAGCUUGAAUGGAUACAAGCUGGGUGUUGACCGUGUCGUUAGCCUAAUAGCAUCCUGCCCUAAUCUGAAGGAUCUAUCAGUUGUUUCAUGUCCAUCACUUGUCCCAUUUUACCUAGAAAUUAUUGCAAAUAUUCUUCCAGUUCACCUUGUCAAUCUUGACUUUCAUGUUGACAGCCAAUUUCACUUGAAAUUACCAGCUCUUUUUGAUAGAGUUCUUGAUGCUGUGAGUCACAGAUGCCCACAUCUUCAGAAGUUAGACCUUGAUAGCUGCAUACAAGUCUCAAGAGAUUGUCUGUUUCGAUUUUUAGAUUUAAAGAUGUCCAUCAAAAGCCUUAAUUUAUGUUGUGAUACUGUUGGAUGGCCAGAACUUGCUAAUAUCUUUGUAUCGCUUAAACAUUUAGAACACUUGUCUAUUGUAUCAUCAAAGCUCAACGAAUCUGCAGAUACUAGCGAUGAAGAGGAUUAUCUGUUAGAUAGGAGGAGGAUGAGAAGUAGGAUGCGUCUUAGAAAUGUGGAAUAUGCAUCUUCUCUUUCGGAUUUCAAGUCAUAUGUUACUUCAUUUCCUUGUCGUUUGUCCUCAUUACGGCUCUACCAUUCUCCACAUCAUUCUGUAUCUUUCACUUCAGCUCCAUCCAUUGCAUUAUUAAAGAGUCUUGGCCACCAAAUACAUCAUUUGCAUGCACAAAAUGUAUUCAACGGAGGUUGGCAUUCUAUUUCAGUUUGGUGCGCUGGUCUUGAAACCUUAGAUUUGUCACAUGCAAAGAACAAGGAUCUUCAGUUAACUGGGAUUGAAGAAGUGAUUUUAUGUGGCCUUCCACGCUUGUUAAGAAAUCUGAAAAGAAUAGCUCUUCCUUUUGUAUUUGAUGAUGUUCUUGUGGAGCUUGGUCAGUUCUGCCCCAAACUUAAGGAGCUUAGAUUUGAGGGUUUCAGUUGCAAAAUUUCUAAAUCAACUAAAAAGCACCUAGUUACUGACAGAGGAGUUAUAGCAAUUACUGAAGGUUGUUCUGAACUUGAAGUAUUGAGCUUGAGUGGUUGCAAUAAGGUGACUGACUCAGCCAUAAGGGAACUUGCAUUUCGAUGUAGAAAAUUAAAGAUUUUACAUCUUUCUAGCUGCAAGAAGCUAACAGAUAUUGGAGUCACAAUUCUCCUGCAACAACUACAUGGUUCAUUGUGCCUGCUUGAUCUUGUGGGUUGUAAAAAUAUCACCAAAGACAUCAUUACUUCUUUAUCCCUCCUCAAAGAGGACCAAGGCUUUAAUAUUCAAGUAUUGGCAAUCUCUAAGCGUCUCUGGGCAUCCUCCGAAGCAGAGCUUAUGAAAUUAAAGAUGUGUGCUCCGAACUUGAGUGUAAGAGUAGGUUCAUGCAAGAUUAUAUGGGAUGGAUUUUAUCAUUUACGGACUUGGUAACUUCAACUACAUGUCAGAUGAUGCAAAAUCGAAGGAUACAAUUCAAGAUUGUUAUACAUAAUGAGAACAUGUGCAAAGGAAAUUAUGUAGAAAUGCAUUUCUUAGAGAAGACUUUCCUGUGCACAACUAUCUGCUUACAGUUGGUGCAUCUCUUUUUUGUUUUUAAGGUUUAUCCUCUAGACAUUUCUCUAAUUUCAUUUGUUUAUAUUUAUUUCAGAUUAUGAUUUUCUUUGACGGUUGGUUAGAUCUGUCAAGCAGUGUAUAAAAGGAUGUAUUUCUUCUUUUUUACUUUUUUAUUAUUUUGAGAAUUGCAGCUGUAAAUUCAAAAGGAACUCUGUUAAGGUGAAGGAAGGUGAUUUUUUAGGUUACUGCUAAAUACACACCACUUUGGUGAAUGACAUUUUUUUUUUAAUGAAGCCCACAUAGGGAAUUAUUUUGUAUUUUUCUUAUUUGAAUGUUCAAAUUUGUACUUAAGGUAUUGACAUGACUGAACUUGUGAUAAAUUAAACUUUUCCAGUCCAA